AAAACCAUGCUGCUCACACAGCGGCGCGCUCUGCGUUAAAAGACAAACAGACGUGACACACGGUCAGGAUCCACGCACACUACCACUGAUUUACCCACACAACAACGCGCUCAGGCAAAUAAACAGCGAGGAAGUAGGAGGUGCAGAAGGAGGAGGAGGAGGAGGAGAAGGAGUCACCGCUGACACCAAGCUCGUUUGAGAGUGAGGAUGUAAUUCAGUCAUAAUCAAAGCAUUUUUUUUCUCUCGAGGAAGAAGAAGAAGAAGAAGAGGAGGAGGAGGGACACGCUUUUAAAUGUCGAGUGUUUUAAAAAAAAACAUUCUGCAGCGCUCAUCAUAACCUUUAUGUCACUUUUGCCUGAAGUGCACAUGUAAAACAAAUGUUUUUUUUGUUUGUUUUCUCGUGCGUCAGAGUUUGAGGCUGUCGAGGCGACGAGAGGAGGUUUCGUAAUGAUAGAAAACUGAAAGGAAGGAAGGAAGGAUUUUUUCUAACGUCCGUGCACACAGAGAGCCUGCUGCUUGUCGUUUUCCUGGCGGUGGAGUGUGAGAAUAGUUUUUCCCUCCCUCUCUCUCCCUCUCCCUCUCUCUCGCUCACUCUCUCUCUCUCCCUCCCCUGUGUGGACGCUUUGGCUCAUGAUCCAGGGUUUCCAAGCGGGAGUCCGCUCCACAUCGUCCGCCCUGCCACGGAGGAACUCCGGGGGCUUCUCUUUUAUUUUAUCUUCGAGGAGAAAUCCCUGCUCCUGCGCUGCGUUUUGUGGAUUAAACGUGCCUGUUUGUGUGUAUGUGUGAGUGUGUAUAUGCGCGUGUGUGUGUGUGUGUAUAUGCGUGUGUGUGUGUGUGAGAGAGAGGCAGUCAGUCGGGGCUACAUUGUGAGAGGAACGGUUGUGGUAAGAAAGACGGCUAUAAAUAGCUCAUGCAAUUCUCGAAAACUAUCACAAGUGGUGCAUCAGCUCGUGGAGCAGCAGACGGAAUCAGAUCUCCUGCAUGUUGCCCUCUAACGCCUCGGCUCUAAGUGGAUUGUUUUGCAGGGUGUGUUGUGAUACAAGAAGUUUUUGACUCUGAUUUCACACAUUUCCCCCGCGGAAGAACGAGGGAAAGGAGUCGCCUCCUCCAUGGAUUAUGAUCUUUUUUAAAAUGAAACUAUUACAGGAGAGACUGAUAUGGAAACGGGCUGAUCUUCUUCUUCCUCUGUGUGUGUGGAUUGAAAUGGAUCCGUGUCUGUGCAGCUCUGCGUCUCGACAGCGGUCACAUUUGGAAUCGCCUGACCUGGAUUGUGACUAAAAAAAAAAUGUUUUGAUCCCUUCACACGCUUGGAUUUACAACAUUCUAGAUCUUCUUGGAGAGGAGGAGGAGGAGGAGGCGGCGGCAGAGGAGGAGGAGAAGAAGAAGAAGAAGAGAGGGGGGUUAGACUUUAUGGAUGCAUUCGGCACUUCUUUCUGAAAACGCCCAUUCCUCUGUCCAGAACAUCCCGAACCCAUUACCUGGACCUCUUGUGAGAUUAUAAGCCCGAUUGUGUGGGCACACUUGAUUUGUUAGCCCUGCUCGGUGCUGGAUACCGAUGUAGGAUUUCGACAUGCCCAGCGCUGACGACCCCAACGGCGGACGAUUAUGACUACAACAGCGAAUUGGGUGGCUAACGGGGCAAGCCUUGAGGACUGCCACUCCAACAUCUUCUCUCUGGCGGAGUUGACGGGCAUUAAAUGGCGUUGCUACAGCUUCCGCAGUGGCGGGGAGUACGGGCCGGUGAUCUCGGCCCCGGCCCAGGACGACCCGGUCCUGCGCAGCUUCAUGCGCUGCGUGCAGGCCAACCUGCUGUGCGUGUGGCGGCGCAAGAUCAAGCCCGACGCCAAGGAGCUGUGGAUCUUCUGGUGGGGCGAGGAGCCCAACCUCUCUGAUGUGAUUCAUCAUGAGCUGGAAGUGGCUGAGGAAGGACUGUGGGAGUGUGGGCUGUCCUACGAGUGCAGGACUCUCCUCUUCAAGGCUAUACACAACCUGCUGGAAAGAUGCUUGAUGGAUAAAGGCUUUGUGCGGACCGGGAGGUGGUUCUUUAAGCCGCACGACCUGGAGGAAAAGGCCUUGGGCAACAGCGAGCACCUAUCAUGUUCCUUCUCCUUCUUCCUCCACGGGGAGAGCAAUGUGUGCACCAGCGUGGAGAUUGCCCAGCACCAGCCUGCAUACCACGUCACAGAGGACCACAUCCGUCUCACACAGACCUCCACUACGCCCGUGCAAGUGAUCCUGAGUCCAUACGGCCUGAGUGGCACUCUAACAGGUCAGGCCUACAAGAUGAGUGACCCAGCGGUACGGAAGCUGAUGGAGGACUGGAGCUACUUCUACCCCAUGGUGCUCCAGCAGAAAGAGGGAACUGGAGAGAAGGAAAAAGAGGCAGCAAAUCACAUUUACGAUCGCAACUGUCACGUGGCAGUGGAGGUCAUCGUAGGUGGAGUGAGGAUGACCUACCCAGCUGCUUUUGUUCUGAUUGCCCAGGGGGACUUACCAGUGGAGCAGCCUCCACCUGUUCCUGCAGCUCAGGGCCUCAACAGAGAGCCGAACCACUGCAGCGUGCCACUCACACCGCCGACGUCACCAGAGCAGCCCUGCUCGGCAGACAGUGGCUUUGUCACGUCAGUCUCCAGUGUCCCAACGCCAGACAGCAACAUGGGGGUCACAAGCAUUAGCCCAAAGCAUUCUGGGAAAAAACUUACUUGUCAGGUGGUGCACCAGGCCUGGAGGGAGUGCUAUCUCAACCAGCCUCAGCAUGUAUUGAAUCCACCAUCUGACGUGACGCCCAAGAACGAAGUGCCAAACGGAGUUACCACAUGGGACUUCAACGAUCUGGGAGCGCGAGCGCCCUGCAGCUGCUCCAGGUUAAAACAGCAGAAGAUAAACCUGACCACCACAUCCAGUGCCAACACCCAGACCAGUGCCAACCCCACUCAGCCUGCUGGCCCAUCAUUAUACCCUCCGCCUCUGCCCAAACACAAGACCAGUGAAAAGACAGAAAAGGCUGAUAAACAAUCAAAGAGGCCAGCCACGAUCCCCUUCCACCACCGUCUAUCUGUGACACAGGAAUCCCCUCUGGAGCAGGACUCACCGGUCGGGCCCCAGCUUGCAGGUCUUGUGGCGCUGGAGCCACCCAUAGAGACUUUGGGCUCUCUGCCAGGUUGCAAAUAUCCCAAACCGCUCUCUACAAAAGCCCCCGAGUCCCUCCUCCACUCACCGAUGUCUCCGCUUCCUCCGACACUUAGCCCGCACCCUCGGGUGCAGGACCCAGAGGUCCUGGAUGGCCACGUGGACAUGCCUGUCUGUCCAGAUGGAGCUUCAGGUCUGGGGCUGAUUACCAGCGACACAGCUGUGUAUACAGCUCUGCUGAGGCAGAGGGAGAAUGGAGCUGGCUGGUGGAGAGGCUUCAGGACUCCCACAACUGAUAAGACUGAAUUCAGACCCUCUGACCUCCCCACUGAUAAGUUGGAGGAAGUGAGGACAGAGGCUGCCACUGAAGGAGCUCCACUAAAGAGACUGUACACACAGACACACAAGAGAUUUAAAAUCUCAGAGGAGAGGGUGAGGGACCACAUCCACACGUUGGGCCUGUUCCAGCAGCCAGGUGUGGAGGCACUGCGGGAGCCUGGGGACGAUCCCUACGACUUUAAGGAAGGAGACAUUGAGUACAUUUUCUCCACGUCCAAACGAUUAAAGGGCCAAGGGCGAGAACCCAGCAAGAAGGCCAAGGGAGAGGAAAUCACCAGCAAUGGAGCACUGCCUGAUGGGAAAGAUGCUAUGUCCAUUUUUAACUCGGCACCAAAAUCAGAUGAAUCUAGUCAGGACGACGGAGCUGCCAAAGCUAAUCCUUCCCUGACCAGAGAAAAGGAUCUGGUGGUCAACAUCUCUGAUCUAGACAACAUAUUUGAUGAAGACGAGGAGGAGUUGGGGACUGUGUACCCCAACCAGCACUCAGCAAAGCUGCCGAUGUCAACAGAAGAUCGCCCUCUGGGGAAGGAAGGAAGAGUUGCAGUGCCGUACCCAUCAACAGUAGCAGACCUCCAGCGCAUGUUUCCCACGCCACCUUCCCUAGAGCAGCACCCCGCCUUCUCGCCCAUCAUGACGUACCGCGACACCCUGAGCACAGAGCCGCCUGCACCCGUCGGAGCAGCUGACCAACUGCCACCUUUAGCCUCGACGCAACUCAUUGAAUACAGGAUGGAGACCGACGAGGGCAUGGCCAGCCCCAGGCAGGAGGAUAUCAAGCCACAAAUAGGAUCCUCCAUGUUUGCCCCACUAUCCUGCCUCCCCAGCCAGACCCUUCCACCACUCAAGAUUCCUGAGCAGUGUUACUAUCGUCCAUCCUGGGCCCUCUUGCCCAAAAUGGAGCAUUUCCCAGCAGUCAUGCAUCCCCAGAACACCACUUUCAACAGGGAUGGAUACACAAAUAUCCCCAGUGUCAACACUGUCACAGAUCAGGAGUAUAGUCAGAUGAGCGCCACCACUGCCUCUGUGAGCACCAUUGCUGGCAUCCUCCCGUCUCCUGCCACUCCCCGCUUCUCUGUUCCUACUCCUCGCACUCCUCGUACACCAAGAGGUAUUAACGCUGCAAGCUCUGGGCAGGGCUCAGUGAAGCAGGACGGCACCGAGCUCAGCUCACCAGCCUCUACUCCGUCCACCAGCAUUCCUCUCAGUUCUGUAGAGCCCCUGGCUCGGCCAGGACCCUCUCUGCCCGAGGCCCACAGCCUGUACACUAUCCUCCUUCUCUCAGACUCCGUCCUCAACGUCUUCAAGGACCGCAACUUCGACAGCUGCUGUAUCUGCGCAUGCAAUAUGAACGUCAAAGGAGCAGAUGUGGGGGUUUAUAUCCCCGAUUCCACGUGUGAAGAUCAGUAUCGCUGUAUGUGUGGCUUCAGUGCCAUUGUGAACAGGCGGCUGGCCCACGGCACAGGCCUCUUCCUGGAGGAUGAGCUGGAUAUUUUUGGUCGGACUUCUGAGGUCGGCAGGGCAGCCGAGAGGAGGCUGGCUCUUUGCCGGCGGGACCCACCUAUGGGAGACCCCAGGGCCAAGCGGCCUCAGGAUACAGCCCCUGCGUCUCCGUCUGUAAUGAUCCUUCUGCAGGAGCAGUGCUCCCAGCCCAUCUCCUCCCUCACGUCACUGCACUUCCCCCUCAGCUGUUCCUGUCACGGCCGCAAGGGGGCACUGCUUCAAAGCUGGAUGUCUGAAAAGCAGUGGGCAGAUGAAAGUGAUGCCUGUGUGGAGUGUUACAAUGCCUUGGAACAGGGGCUGCAGUAUGUGGAUAAUCCCAUCGGGGGCAAAGUAGAUCAAGCUGUGGUCAGGAGUACAGCUUUACAUCCCUGGCCACACACUAAUGUGCUGGACAUGAGCAUGUUGUCGUCCCAGGACAUGGUUCGCUUGCUGCUGUCUCUGCAGCCUUUCCUACAGGAUGCCAUCCAGAAGAAGAGGACAGGACGGACCUGGGAAAACAUCCAGCAUGUGCAGGGUCCACUCACAUGGCAGCAGUUCCAUAAGAUGGCUGGCAGAGGUUCCUACGGUUCUGAAGAGUCACCGGAGCCGUUACCCAUCCCCACGGUUUUACUAGGCUAUGACCGGGAGAGGGACUUCUUGGCUUUGUCCCCGUUGGCGUUGCCUUUUUGGGAAAAGUUGCUAUUGGAGCCUUAUGGAGGGCAGCGGGAUGUGGCGUAUGUGGUGCUGUGCCCCAAUAGCCGCUCUCUCCUAGCUGCGGCCCGAUCCUUCUUCCAGGAGCUCAGUGCCGUAUACGAGACGUGUCGCCUUGGGAAGCACCGCCCUCUGGCCAAGGUGUCCAGGGAUGGCCUUGUGCGUGUGGGUGAAGAUGUGGAGCCAGAAAAGCUUGAGGAGGUUGAUGUGGAUCAGUGGAUGACUGGACCAUGGGCUGGACAGCAGCACACUGACAACCUCAGCAAACUCAAGCUGUAUGCUUAUGCCUGCAAGCAGCAGCUAGGUCCUCAGCUGUCCACUCUGACUCUGGACAGCAGUCUUCUGCUGCCUCCCAAAGUCCAGCCUCCUGUGAACAACGCGUCCUCAGCCCAGUCUGCCUCCUCUGGACAGACUCAAGCUUGGGCUCCUGAUGGGGAACAAGCUCAGGGUGCCGUCGGUUCGACUAAGUCUCUGACCCCGUCUGGAACGACCUCAGGCCAGACGGGAGAGACAACUCAAGGAGAGAGCAGUGAUCCUAAGGGGAACUCUACUACCACACCACCAGCGAACACACCAGCAGAGAAUCCUGAACUGACGUCUGAGCAGUCGAGAAUCGGCAUCCCCACUGUGGCUGACUCCACGGACAGCUACGCCAACCCACCAGCUAUCGUUAUUUACAUCGUGGACGCUUUUCUCAGCGCAAGUGCAGUGAGAAAUGAAGGCGGAGAGGAAGAGGAGGGUGACGAGGUAGAGGCCAGUAGCAUUUGGUUACUCGGGCUUCUUCGCUGCUACACAGAGAUGCUGCAGAUGUUGCCCGAGACGAUGAGACCCGCACUGGUGCUACAGGUGGUGCCGUGUCAGUAUCUUCUCCAGCCGGCCAGUGGGGAGAGCCACUUGUACCUGCAGAACCUGCGCUCCAUGGCUUUCUCCUGUUACUCCCAGUGCAGGCGUCUGCUACCCCAACAAACACACAUCAAGUCCCUGACUGGCUUUGGCCCUGUGUCCACUGUCAGUACUGUGCUUAAGACUCCAGAGCAUCCUAGUCCACUGCAGCUGUAUACUCCUCCAUUCAUCCUGGGUCUGACUCGUCCCAAGCAGCCAGAACCAGGAGAGGUUUGGGCAGAGAUCCCUCCCAGAUAUAAUGUGCUCUAUGUGGGAUACUGCCUAUCACAUGACCAGCGCUGGAUCCUGGUGUCCUGCACUGACCAGCAGGGGGAGAUCCUGGAGUCCUGCAUCAUCAACAUUGAUGUGCCCAACAGAGCACGACGUCCCAAGGUUUCGGCCAGAAAGAUGGGACUGCAGAAGCUGUGGGAGUGGUGUGUUGGCAUCAUCCAGAUGACCUCGCUGCCAUGGAGGAUUGUGAUUGGUCGAUUAGGCAGACUGGGACACGGGGAGCUUAAAGAUUGGAGCUCACUCCUUGGAGAGCAUUCUCUCCAUUCAAUAGGGCGCCAGCUGAGGGAGGCUUGUCGUAUGUGUGGGAUCUCAGCUGCCGACUCUCCCACCAUCCUCAGUGCCUGCCUGGUCGCCAUGGAGCCACAGGGCUCCUUUGUGAUCAUGCCUGAUGCCGUGACCAUGGGCUCAGUGUUCGGACGCAGCACUGCUCUGAAUCUGCAGACGUCGCAGCUGAAUACACCUCAGGAUGCUUCCUGCACACACAUCCUAGUCUUCCCUACUUCUGCCACCACCCAGCUCGCACCCAGUUCCUACCCGACAGAAGAUAAUAAUGACGACAUGUUUGAUCUGCCCUUCCCUGAUGAGCUGGAGAACGACAUUGGCCAUGACAUGAUGCUGAUCACGGGGAACCUCCACCCUUCCCCCAACACCUCUCCUGUGCCCUCACCUGGUUCUCCAUCUGGGAUGGGAAUGGGAUCACAUUUCCAUCACACCAGGAGUCAAGGAGAGCGUUUGCUGUCUCGAGACAAUCCACCAGAGGAGCUGAAGCAGCAGCCGCUCGCUCUGGGUUAUUACGUCUCCACCGCACAAGCAAAUGGACUUCCUCACUGGUUCUGGGCCUCCUGCCCACAGGCUGAGAGUCAGUGUCCACUCUUUCUCAAGGCAUCUCUCCACCACCACAUCUCUAUAGCUCAGUCAGAUGAGCUGGUGUCAGACAAAACUAAGAGGACCCCUCACCCCUUAGACUCAAAGACCACCUCUGAUGUGCUCAGGUUUGUAUUGGAACAAUAUAACGCCCUCUCCUGGCUGACGUGUACCCCUGCCACUCAAGACCGCCAAUCCUGUCUGCCCGUCCACCUGGCUGUGCUGAUCCAAAUGUACAAUGCCAUUCUGAACAUGCUUUAACUGUGUGACACUUCCCGGAGAGCUCAGCGGGGGAUGGACAGUUUUAUUUCCUCUGUGCCUACACUUCCUCCUGUCAGGCACCAGAGAGCACCAGAACUCUUCUGCUGUUUUGGGUAGACAUGUACUUAAAGGCCAAUUCAAGGACAAGGCAAUACAGACUGCCUUCCCCUGAGCCUGGUGUGUAACAAAUAAGAAAGUCUAUGAACAAUAAUCACUUUUGGUGAACGGCGACAGCGUGCAAAUCCGAUUUGUACCUUUCAAACUGGCUCUGGGCAAGUUGUGGAGCUUUCUGAGGAAUAAUCAGAGGGAUCUGUCUGACGGUGUACUGACAUAUCAAAAUAUAAACCUUCUCAUGAUCAAAACGGCGUCACGUUCCAUGUGGACUAAACCUCUUUGUGGCAUUUGAGGCAUCCGUGGAUGACAGAGAUGGCGGUAUACGAUCGUCUGGGGGCCACGCAACUCCAUAAUGUACAACCAGCAAAACGUGGCACGACAACACAAACCCAUGGCUUUCUUUCGAUGUUCCGUUAACAAUGUUUCUACAUUUUUUGUACAGAACUGCACUGUUUAGCUUCUUGGGACUUGCAGUCAGUCGAGGAAACUUUUACCUUUGCUCUGAGAGGGGCAAACAUCCCCACGUACUCCAAAGAAGGGAGCAUUUAAUAACGGCACUUUUUCCUCACCUUCCAAAGUGUAGAUAAAAAACACGAUGGGAAAUAUUUGAUCGGUCAAGGCGUUAAGUGUUGUUUAUAUUGUAAUGACAUACAUUUGCAAAGAAUUGAGACUUAUUUUUUAAUAUUUAAAACAAAGAAAAUGAGAAACUUAAACAAGGCCUUUUCUUCCCAAUUGAUGGUUAAUUGUCUUGGGAUCUGAAAUAAAAAAUAAAAAAAUGUCAUUUUAAUGCAAUUGUAAAGAUGCCAUAUUUAUACAAAUUAUAUCAUGUCAUAGAAUUUGAUAUGCUAUAUGUAUAUACAUAAAUAUAUAUUACCUCUUCAAAGCAGGCACUUAAUAACAAGAGUGAGGGACAUAAAUAUCUCGUGAAAAAUGGAUACAGUAUGAACAUUUAUCAAAGAAAAUGCAUUGUUCUUUCUUUUUUUAUUAUUAUUUUCUACAGAUACUGAACAUUUCAACUUCUUAUUUAAAUGUUUAAAUUAAACUAACGGAUGCAGGAGAUACAGUAUACUGUAUAUUUAUAAAGUGUUCCUCUUCUGCUCAAAGACUUGAAAUAGGCAAUAGAAAACCAUGGUAUUUGAAUAUUACAAGGUAAUGAAAUAUUUAAAAUGACGUUUUUAUCUCAUUGGCUCUCCUAAAUGAUGUCAAGUGAACCAUCAAGGCCUGUCUCUUCAGCUUCACUCAGUCUGCUGUGUGUUAGAUUCCUAGCAUGUUUGUAUAUACACUCUUCAGCUGUGUCUUUUAUUUUUUUAUUAUUGUUUUUUUGUUUUGUUUUUUUUAUUCUUAAAGCUGUACAUUUCAUGCUGGUUGGCUUACUUUCAAGCAAUUCAUAUCAAACUAUUUUUGCUGUGAGCUUUUGAGAUAGAUAUAUAUAUAUACAUGUAUGUAUAUAUAUAUAUGUGUGUGUAUAUACAUGUAUAUACAUACAUGUAUAUACACAUCUAUAUGUGUAUACAGUAUAUAUAUAUAUAUAUAUAUAUACAGUGCAAAACUCAUUUGAUUACAGCCAAAAGGUUAAAUUGCCAAGUAAGUGUACACAAAUGUACAGAUACGUUUGCAAAAAAAACAAAAAUGUUCCAUCUCUCAUCACUUUGAAUAUCAAACAGAUCCACUUCAGUGCGACUGAUCUGUUUCUUUUACACUCUUUUUUAGUAAAUUAUUAAAACUCUUGAAAAUGA